UUUCUCUCCCUUCUUUCUGCAAUGGAGGACCACGUUGGCAGCAAGUUUUCUUCCUCUGUUCGAAUUUAUUUAACAACGAAUGGCAAAAACGCCCCAAAUUGUUCCCUGCUUUGCUUUGUGAGUUCUCACCGGUGUAGAAAAAGAAAACAUGGCUGAGGUUCUUUUCAGACUUUUAGCAGAUUUUUGAAAAGACAACUAAAGGCGAGGACAUUAACAAGCAUGGAGGCAAGGACCCAAAGAGCGCCUGGUCAGAGUUUGGACUCAUUCCACCUGGCCGGAUGUGAGCGAUGAGGUGACGAUGAAAAGGGACGGACGGGCCUGAGUUGAGAUUGCACUUCAGCCGACUGGAUGUGACAGCUGGUGACGGGUGUCUUGCAUCACGAUUUUGAAGGCACAGCUGCAAAGAUCGGAAUACGAAAAUACGAUUGACCACGGCGUGGACACAAGCUCCCACACCUCAUUUAUUUAUUUUUGGUGUCAAAUGUCAUGAAGUCCUGAAAUAUUUAAAAUUUGAUUCCGUGAUUUCAAUGCCGGGCGAACCGAUGGUAAAGCGUUGGCCUCGGAUUUCUGAGGUCCCGGGUUCGAUCCCGGCCACGCCCGUGUGGUGUUUGCAUGUUCUCCCCGUGCCUGUGUGGUUUUUCUCCAGGCACUCCGGUGUCCUCCCACAUUCCAAAAACAUGCAACAUUCAUUGGAGAGUCUAAAUUGCCCAUAGGUGUGAUCGUGAGUGCAGCCGUUUGUUUCCAUCUGCCCUGCGGAUUGGCUGGCGACCAGUUCAGGGUGUCCGUUGACAGCUGGGAUAGGUUCCCGUGCUCCCCGCGACACUCGUGAGGAUAAGUGGCAAAGAAAAUGGACUGAUUUCAAUGUCUAGCUUGAGUUUGAUAGCUGAGACCAACGUAUUUCAUGAAGCACAUAGAUCACAGGUGUGCCAAAAUUAAAAAGUCAAAUAAUGAAGUACCAAAAUAAUUUUAGAUUUCAGACAACUCUGUACGUGGGAGGAUGCAAAUCUAGUCAGGGAAUUGCUCAAUUAGUUUUUGGCAUUUCUUGGAAUAAUUGGAUUCAUCCUGACUGGAUACAGAUUUGGACUUUAAAUUUUUAAAAAUUACGUUAUAAAUUAAAAAUAUAAAAAUAAUUUGGCAGUACCUAUGUAAAGUUUUUCUAUAAUGGUCAUUUGUUUUUUUUUUUUUUUAGGACCCAUGAAAUUUAUUAUGGGCUGGUCUUUCUGCCAACUUGUGCAAAUAUUUGUUGAGCUUUUUCUUUGUAAAGAACAAAUACUUUCCCUUUUCCUGUGCUGUACAUGUUAGGCAGCAUUGAUUACUCAUUUGUAAAUACAAAUGUACUAUUGUCAUAUUGUGGCAUUCUCGAAUGUUGGUAUACUGGAGGGGGUAUAAAAUUCAUCUUUGAAAACGGAUUGAAUCAUCGCAUCUAAGUCCAAUGUGGCGUGCGGAGGCCACGCCCCUCGAUCGUCCUCGUUUGCGUGCGCGCGCGCCUCACGUUUUGCCUGCAGGUGCGCGCACGCUUUGCCAGUCAAAGCAGGCGGCCGUCACGCCUCCUUUAAAGUCUUCCAGCAUCCAGUCGUCAGGCAAAAGGGGGCGCGGCCAAAUCCGCACCGCAUCCUCACAGUCGCCAACCUCCUCCUAGAGCACCGGAGCGACUCCCGGCGUCACACCUCAACGCCGGACGACCACCGCGCGGAUUUUUUUUCCGCGUGAAUAUCGUCGAGUCAUGGACGACUUAGAUGUUCCCCAGAUGCGGAGGGAAGUGGAAUCGCUUCAGUAUCAGCUGGCCAUCAACAGGGAGAAGUCCUCCAUCACAGUCACUGAGCUGGUGAAGUGGAUCGAGGGCUGCGUUUGCGAGGAUCCGUUCCUGAACCCUGAGCUGAUGAGAGCAAAUCCUUGGGUGGAGAAGGGGAAGUGCGUGAUCCUCUGAUGACCAAACGCAAACUUGCAGAAAGAAAAAAAC